UUACUUUGACAAAGGCAAAUUUGGAAGCAAUUACUUGAGAACCAUUUGUAUAACACCUGGAUAAUCAAAACAGGCACAAUGAAGCACUUCCUGAGAAUGCUGAUCCAGGUGUGCCUGUAUUUUUACUGUAAAUUUUUGUGGCGUUGCCUGAAAUUUGUAAUGAGAAAGCUGACUGGAAGGUGUGAACUGCAACGGAUCUGUUACAAUACCAAGCCUGGAGCUUCUAGAACUAUGAAAAUCGAAACAUCACUGAGGGAUUCAAAAAGUAAGCUACUGCAGACUUCAGUGAGUGUUCAUCCUGAUGCUAUUGAAAAAACUAUAGAAGACAUUAUGGAACUGAAAAAAAUUAACCCUGACAUAAAUCCACAGUUGGGAAUCUCUCUUCAAGCUUGCCUUCUGCAAAUUGUUGGGUACAGAAACCUUAUUGCAGAUGUGGAAAAACUGCGCAGAGAACCCUAUGACUCUGAUAAUCCCCAACAUGAAGAAAUGCUUUUGAAGUUAUGGAAAUUCUUGAAGCCCAAUACUCCGCUGGAAUCCCGGAUUUCUAAGCAGUGGUGUGAAAUUGGUUUCCAAGGUGAUGAUCCUAAAACAGAUUUUCGAGGAAUGGGACUUUUGGGACUGUACAAUUUGCAGUAUUUUGCAGAAAGGGAUGCUGCAGCAGCUCAGCAGGUUCUAUCUGAUUCUCUUCAUCCAAAAUGCAGCAAAUUCAGCAAAGCAGAAUGGGAGAAGAAAAGGAUGGAUAAAGCAAUUGGGUACUCGUUUGCAAUUGUGGGCAUCAAUAUAACUGAUCUGGCAUAUAAUCUACUGGUGAGUGGAGCUCUAAAAACUCAUUUCUACAACAUCGCUCCAGAAGCUCCAACAUUAUCUCACUUCCAGCAAACAUUCUGCUAUUUGAUGCACGAGUUUCAUAAGUUUUGGAUUGAAGAGGACCCCAUGGACAUAAUGGAAUUUAAUCGUGUACGGGAGAAAUUCCGCAAGAGGAUCAUAAAACAGCUGCAGAAUCCAGACAUGGCAUUGUGCCCACACUUUGCUGCCUCGGAAGGUUUAAUCAACAUGUAGUCACCCACACUGGUUUUAAUGGAUACCCCAGGACAGUGCCUCAUUAUUGUGUUAGAUCUCUGUUUAGGUCCCAGCUCACACAUUGAAUGCACACAGUGAUUGUAUGCAUGCCUGUUGGUACAGUGUUUUCAUAUCUUCGUCAUAAUUACCAGAUCCACAAAUACCACAAUUUCUGCAGUAUCUGUCAUCCAGUGACUGCUCAUAUUGUGGCAUCAUGAAGUGUUACAUCUUGCCUUGACACCUGGUAUGGAGAGAGUUUUCUAUUUUUUUAAAUUGGCUUCCUCUCCCUCAUAAUUUAGUGUUGAAGAAUUGUGUUUCUCUAGCUGUAUUUUAUAUGUAAAAGAUUUAGCUGAAUUUUGUUCUGUGAAAGCCUUUUAAUUUAUUGAUAUGUUCCAUGACUAUAGCUGCUAGCUCUUCAAGCCAGGUUCAUGCUUGGACCUCAUUCCAAUAAAGUAUGACUUUAAAAUAACACAAACAGAUACAUGAUAAGACAAAUCACUCUUGCAAAUACUGCUGCACUUCAUGAAAAUGUAAUGAGGCUAACAAGAAGCAAAUUUAGGUAGGUGUUGGGUUUUUUUUGAAGUACCACAGAAAUAUAUUGUAAUUUACCCCCAGUUGUAAUUGUGGCAUAGUCAUCUGGACAUCAAAUUAUUUUAUUCCCAUAAUUUUACUGGCUUGGAUGCCUAAAUAUGUUUAUGAUGCUUGGAGCCUCAGAAAAGAAGUAUGCACACUGCAAAAGCUCCACAAGCUUUUUCACUGCCUGCCUCUUGCUGAACUCAGAGUUACACCCUGGCACUGUUCUGAUCCAGGCAUCUUUGCUUGGGGCACUGAGUGCUGGCUGGUUUGUUGUCUAUGUCAAGAGGUAAUAUUAAAAAACAAUAUGAAAGAAAAUGUGUUGCAAGAGAAGAACCUGAGCUAUGUCAUUCUGUAAUAUUUCUUGAAACUAAUGACCUUGUCUUUUAUCAGUGGAAGAAAUAAAUUGCUUGGAAGGAGAACAAAAUCAAGUCAUUUCAAAACUGCUUAAAAUCAUUUUAAAAA